UACCACUAUACACUGUCUUCUAUUAUUUUACUACUAUUUCUCUGUACAGCGGACCCCCGGUUAACGAUAUUUUUUCACUCCAGAAGUAUGUUCAGGUGCCAGUACUGACCGAAUUUGUUCCCAUAAGGAAUAUUGUGAAGUAGAUUAGUCCAUUUCAGACCCCCAAACAUACACGUACAAAUGCACUUACAUAAAUACACUUACAUAAUUGGUCGCAUUCGGAGGUGAUUGUUAUGCGGGGGUCCACUGUAUAAUGGUCACAAUACUCAUCGAUCCAAAUCAUUGCAUCUCCAUUGUCUUGAAUUUUUUUUUUUAUGUACACAACUGUAAUUAUAUACAGGAGGGCCCUGCUUUACAGUACUUCACUUCAUGUUGUUUUGCUAAUAGUACAGCAGUUUUCAGUUAUACCCAUUCUUCAGUUAUCCAGACUUCCUACAGUAAAUAUAUUCACCACACACAAUAAGGAUUAGAAAUGGAUGCAAGAUAUCAAGAACCAUCUGAUUAACUACAUUGUUUUGUGUCUGAGAACCCAGACAUUUGAGGAUUCAAAAUGUUUUCGGCCUUGCGCAAAUUAGCGGGCCGGAGCCCUGAUGGCCCUGUUACCCCCACUUCCUCUGGGAUGCAGGCCAUGGCUGCGUCACUCCAGCGGAGAUUUGCUCGUGGCAUUCAAUACAACAUGAAACUAGUAAUAAGAGGAGAUCGCAAUGUUGGAAAGUCAUGUCUAUUUCGACGUCUUCAAGGCCAGCCUUUCCACGAAGAGUAUACGCCUACAGAAGAAAUCCAGGUGGCCAGUAUACAAUGGAACUACAAAGCAACGGAUGAUGUUGUGAAAGUUGAGGUCUGGGAUGUUGUUGAUAAAGGGAAGAAAAAGAAAAAAAUUGAUGGAUUGAAACUAGAUAACACCAAUCUAGAGUUUGAAGAGCCAGCCCUGGAUGCUGAAUUCCUUGAUGUGUACAAAGGGACUAAUGGUGUUAUACUCAUGUUGGAUAUGACAAAAAAUUGGACAUUUGAAUAUGUACGUCGGGAGAUUCUCAACAUUCCAACACACAUCCCGGUAUUGGUUCUUGCAAAUCACCGUGACAUGGGCCACCAUCGAGUUGUUUCGGAGGAUGAUGUUCGCUUCUUUAUUGAAGCUUUGGAAAGACCUGAAUGUGCAGCUGAUAUUCGCUAUACGGAAUCAUCCAUGCGUAAUGGAUAUGGCUUGAAGUUUUUGCACAAAUUUUUCAACUUGCCAUUCCUGCAACUGCAGAGAGUAACACUCUUGAGGCAGUUAGAAACCAAUAUGGCUGAGAUUGAUGCCACAAUUCAAGAACUCGAUCUCUAUCAGGAGAGUGAUGAUGCCAAUUAUGACAUUUUCUUGAGUCAGCUGACUGAUCGUAGAAGAGCAACAGCAGAAUCGCUGGGUCCAGUGGCUCAGGUUGCUGUCGCAACCAACACAACCCCUAUACCUCAGUCACAUUCUGUUAAUAAUGUUGCAUCUUCUGCAAAUCCCAACACUUGUGUCAAUGGUGUAUCAAAAUCAGUAUCUGUGCCUGUGAGUCUGUCCUCUGCAACAUCAAGUGCACACACAAGCCCCCGCCCAGCUGAGCGUCCUUCAUCUAAUACAUCAGCUACUAAUAUGCAAGCUUCUGAAAGCACUUGUGUUGCGAGUCCAGUAGGAGCUGGAACUGUGAACAGUAGCAGCAGCAACAAUAGUAGUAACAGUCCAUCUACUGGCACUCGAGCACCAAAAGUAUCAAGUCCUGAAAAAUCCCAAGACAAAACCAGCUUUAUGUCUCGCAUUUUCAACAAGACCAAAGAGCCAGAGCAAGCAAAGGAAGCAGCAUUAGAUGAUAUAGCACCAUCAGAUCCUGUAUCACUAGAUGAUUUUGUACCGGAUGGUGGACGGUUAGACCAGUCAUUCCUCAAUGACAUUAUUUCAGUGCAAAGAAAGGAGGUAACGCCACCACCACCACCGCUACUGGAGGAUGACAGUGAAGAAGAAUGUGAUGGAAAUCCAAUGGUGUCAGGGUUUCAGGUUGACCUGGACCCAGAUGACCUUCAGCUUGGGUUAAAUGUGAAAAUUGUUUCUGAUGAAAUGGAAGAACCUGAGGUUGAGAAAGUGAAAAUUAAUACCAAAGUGUCAUUGGUUAAGUGUGAUACUUCAGAAUUAGGUUUUGAUAAUCUGUAUAGUAGUGAUGGUGUGAGAACUAGUAAAAAGGAUGUGAAAAUUAAAAGCAAAAGGAAUUUGACUGAUAGUGAAAAGCGAGAAUCACAGGAAGUUUUAGUAGGUGUGUCAAAUCUGAGUAUUGAAGACAUGGACUCCUUCAGUUUGCAACCAGAUAAAGAAACAAAUGCCAUCCUGGGGUUUAGAAACUAUGAGAAAGAAGGCAAGGAGGAAAAGGAGAAAAUCGAUAAACUCGAUGAUUGGCUUAACUCUGAAGAGGGAACCAUUGUAAAUCCUUAUGUUUCUACUAUCAGUGUAAUGCCUGACAUGCCUGGUCUACAGGGUUCAGAUGCUGAGGAUGGUUCCAUUGCUGAAGCGAGCAGGGUAAUAGAGAAGAUAACGCAUCAGAGCUGCAGCACUUCAAGAAGUGAAAGCCCUUCAGAACUCUCAGAACACAAAAAGAAACACAGAAAGAGAGAGAAAGAAAAGAAG